AUGAAGAACUUCUUCGGUAGCGGCAAGAAGCCAAAUUCCUCCUCCUCCACUCCUCCCCCUUCCUCUUCAAGGAAAUCCGCCACUUUCGAGGAGCGCGACCGUGAGCACGACGCUUCUGAACAACCACCGCCCUACUCCUCCGAACCUUCAUCGCCCGCCCGCGAGAAGUCGCCUUCAAAGUCUUCAAGGAAAUCAUCUCGGCCCUCAUCUUUCGCCGAACCAUCCAAGACCCGCUCUUCAAGGCUAUCGAGGCAUUCUACCGACCCUAGUCACUCCUCCCACUCUCAUUCUUCCUCUCGUCGACCCAAGUACGAGCCUGAUACGCACCCUCUUAACCUUCCUCCCGAAGAGCGCAAGCGAUUAUCCGCUCUCGCCGCAGCCAUGAACGGUAACUCGAUGGACGUCGAUAGCGAGCCUGUUAAUGGCGCUCGCUCUACGACUCCUCCCAACCAAAAGGCCAACGCCCAGGCCAACUUCUCCGUUCCUAUCCCCAACGGCUCAAGUCAUGAUGACGGCGCCCCUCCACCUCCUCCUCACAAGUCCAACCCUGGAAGCCCAACCAUCACACCCGAGGAGGAUGCUGAGUCCUACAAGAAUGCGGGCAACCGCUUUUUUAAGGACAAAAACUACCAUAAGGCCAUCGAGCAGUACAGCAAAGCUGUCGACUUGUUCCCCUUCUCCGCUACUUAUCUAGGCAACCGAGCUGCUGCUUAUAUGUCCAACGGUCAAUAUGAGAAGGCUCUGGAAGACUGCUCCAGAGCUGCCGACUCUGAUCCCCAGAACGCCAAGAUUCUUCUACGAUUGGCCCGUAUCUAUACUGCUCUGGGCCGACCAGAGGAAGCCAUGACAACUUUCAACCGCAUGGAUCCCCAACCAUCCGCUAAGGAUGUAAGCCCGGCCAAGGAAAUGCUGCACCACAUUCAGUCUGCCCGUGAUAUCCUCCAGCAGGGCAACGGGUCUGGUACGUCUAUGGUGCUUCAUGCUCUUGACCUGGCUGAGCGAGGCCUUGGUUAUCGUGUUACCAAGCCUCGUAAGUGGCAGCUUAUGCGUGGAGAAGCUUAUCUAUUGAUGGGACGAGAGAACUCCUUGGGAGAGGCACAGAACAUUGCUAUGAACCUUCUCCGACACAACAACCAGGACCCUGAGGCCCUUGUUCUCCGCGGACGUGUUCUGUACGGCCAGGGCGAGAACGACAAGGCUAUCCAGUGCUUCCGCAUGGCCAUUAACUGUGACCCAGACUUCCGCGACGCUGUUAAGUGGUUGAGAAUUGUUCAGAGACUUGACCGCAUGAAGGAGGAGGGUAACGCCGACUUCAAGGCUGGUCGCCUACAGCCUGCUAUUGAGAAAUAUACCAAUGCUUUGGAAAUUGAUCCCUCCAACAAGAGCAUGAACUCAAAGCUGUUGCAGAACAGAGCACAAUGCAAGAUUAAGCUCAAGCAGUACGAUGAUGCCAUCGCCGACUGUGAACGAGCUAUCAGCCUCGACCCUGGUUACACAAAGGCCCGCAAGACCAAGGCCAAUGCUUUGGGUGGUGCCGAAAGGUGGGAUGAUGCCGUCAAGGAAUGGAAGGAAAUCCAAGAGCUCGAGCCGGAAGACCGCAACAUCGCCAAGGAGAUUCGCAGGGCAGAACUUGAACUCAAGAAGGCCCAGCGAAAGGAUUAUUACAAGAUUGUUGGCGUUGAAAAGACGGCUACAGACAACGAGAUUAAGAAGGCAUACCGCAAGAUGGCCGUCAAGCUUCACCCUGACAAGAACCCCGGCGAUGCCCACGCCGAGGAGAAGUUCAAGGACUUGCAGGAAGCUUACGAGACCUUGAGCGACCCUCAGAAGCGUGCCGCUUAUGACAAUGGUGAUGACCUGAUGGACCCUAACGAUAUGUUCGGCGGUGGCGGUAUGGGCGGUAUGGGCGGAGGCAUGGGUGGCAUCGACCCCGAGAUUCUCUUCAGCAUGAUGGGCCAGCAAGGUUUCGGUGGUGGCGGCGGCGGUUUCCGAUCAGCUGGGGGCUUCCCCGGCGGUGGUGGUGCCCACUUCAACUUUGGGGGUGAUCCUAGACAGCGUGGUGGUGGAUACCCCGGUGGUUUCAACUUCUCAUGA